AUGUCUAAGGAAAGUUCACGGAGUCUGAUGGAAUGGGAACCGGUCUCAGAGAGAAUAAUCACUGCUAGGUUCACGUCUCGAUGCCAGGACACAACUAUCAUACAAGCAUAUGCUCCCACAAAUGAUGCAAGUGAAGCGGAUAAGGAACUGUUCUACGAACAGCUGCAAGCCACCAUGGCAAAGCGUAAGAAGAGGGACAUCACUAUUCUCAUGGGGGACAUGAAUGCCAAAGUGGGAUCAGCAAACAGUGGUAAUGAGGGUGUGAUGGGGAAGCACGGAGUUGGGACCAUGAACCACAAUGGAGAGCUCUUUGUCGACUUCUGCUCUGUGAACGACAUGGUUAUAGGAGGCACCUUGUUCCCACAUAAGGAGAGCCAUAAAGUGACCUGGAGAUCACCUGAUGGAUCCUACGAGAACCAAAUAGACCACAUUGCAAUUUCUAGAAGGUGGCGCGGAACCCUACAAGACUGCAGAAUAAAGAGGAGUGCAGAUGUUGGCUCGGACCACCAUCUACUUAUGGCUGCCUGCAGGGUACGUCUCGCCGCUUGCAGAAAGAAAGUUCAGAAGACUACUAAGUACAAUGUGGAGAGGCUAAAAAACCCGGAUAUAAAACAGCAGUUUGUACUCACCUUGGCCAACCGCUUCGAUGUUCUACGUUACAAUUCGGAUAAUGAGGAAGAGUUAGAUGAUGAUGAAAUAGAAACCGAAUGGUCGACCAUCAAAGAAGCGUACACAAGCACAUGUGAAGAGGUUCUGGGAAAGGUAAAGCGGGAGAGGAAGGAAUGGAUGAGCGAGGGCACAUGGGAGACAGUGGAGGAAAGACGCAAACUGAAAGCAAACAUCGAGAACUGCAGAACCAGGAACCAGAAGGCAAAUGCCAUGAAGCAGUACAACUCAGCUGACAGGAAAGUAAAGAAAAGUUGCAGGAGAGAUAAAAGGAAGUGGAUCUCAGACAAGGCUGCCGAGGCAGAAGAGGCCGCGUCAAAGCAGGAUAUGAAAACCCUCUAUAGAAUCACCAAAACACUGAGUGGGAAAAGAAGACAAAUAAACAAGCCAGUACAAGACAAGAAUGGUAAACUGCUUGCAACAAAGGAGCAACAAAUGGAACGCUGGAGAGACCACUUUAAAGAAAUUCUCAAUCGCACACCUCCACCGAAUCACCCGGAAAUUGAGCCCACAAUAGAAUUGCUCGAUAUUCGCACUGGCCCACCAAGCAAGAUAGAGAUCCGCAAGGCCAUCUCUUCACUCAAGAACGGGAAAGCCGCAGGACCCUCCAGAGGCCUGGAAAGAGGCAGGUAA